GAAUAGGAGUAUAAUAUAUGGCAUGAAUACACUGAAAUAAAGACAAAUAUAUGCACAAGUCUUGGCUGUGCAUAUAUCGGUGUUGAAAAUAAAAUUAUUUAUGUAUAAAUGCCAUAUAUAUGUUCUUUGUGAGUUUGAAUUUUCAAAAACAACUAAUUAUGAUACUUUUUUUUUUUUUUUUUUUACAAUAAAGGCUUAAUUUUUUACAAGAGAAAUUAUGAUAUAAAAGUUACCCAAUUAAAAAUGAUGACAUCAACAAGAUGAUGAAUGAUGCUAUUUGUGAUGGAAUGGACGGCCAAAAAUUAUGACAACUAUGGUACUUUACAUUUUAAAAUGUGAAAAUGAAUAUUUAACUCUAGUUGAUUAUAUAUUUGAGCUUCCUAAACAUUGUACUUAUAUAGGACAAUAAAUAAUUAUUUAAUAUUUUUUAUUUUUUGAAAAAAGUUACAGAUAUUUAGUAAUCUUUUCUGGAUCUCCUUCUAUUUAUUGCUCUAUUUGGCAUUGUACUUAAUGGCAUGAACCUUGUGGCCUUAGCCAUCUCUCUCUCUCUCUCUCUCUCUCUCUAUAAGUCUGUACCCAGAUUUUCUAUAUAAAAGAGAGAAAGGUGAUGAUAAAGAUUCUCUCUUGGUAUGCAUAUAUGUAAGUGAGUGAGAAAGAAAAGCACUGUAAUCGAGAGACUGCCAUGGGGAAAGGAAGAGCGCCUUGCUGCGAUAAGAGUCAAGUGAAGAAAGGUCCGUGGAGUCCUGCUGAAGAUUUGAGGCUCAUCACUUUCAUUCAAAAACACGGACAUGAAAACUGGAGGGCUCUUCCUAAACAAGCUGGGUUGUUAAGAUGCGGGAAAAGUUGUCGUUUGAGAUGGAUUAAUUACCUAAGACCAGACGUAAAGCGAGGGAACUUCACCAAAGAGGAAGAAGACACCAUCAUUACACUGCACCAAACUUUGGGAAACAAGUGGUCAAAAAUUGCAUCCCAUUUGCCGGGUAGAACAGAUAAUGAGAUCAAGAACGUAUGGAACACUCAUUUGAAGAAAAAAUUAUCAUUCACAGACAAAGAUUCUGACAACAGAGAUGAAUCAAAGGAAUCUUUAACGACUACUUCUUCAUCAUCCUCUUCAUCCAGCACAAUCAUGUCAUGUGGUAAAAGGGUUCCUGAUCAUGAUCAUGAUGAUCAAUGGAACCAUGGCUCUGUGACCAAGAGGACCAGGGUCUUGGAUACUAUACCAGCAGGUGAAGCUAAGGAAUUUCCAAGUUCAUCAACUUCUUCCAAUAAUUCCAAUGUCACAAACUACAGUCAAGUUGAUGACUCUAAGCAAGAUGAUCAAAUAUUCAACUUUUCAGGACCUUGUGAUAUUGUUCAAAAUAUAUUAGAAGAGGUGAACAAACCGGAGAUUGAUCAAGAUGUAGCGGUGGAGAUUCCUUUUGAGUCAGAUUUAGAUUUCUGGAACAUGUUAGAUGGACUGAAUUCUUCAUUAUCUAUGACUAACAGUAUAGAGAGUAGCUGCUGCCAAAGGUCAUCAAAUCUUGGAGAUGCAUAUAAAGGAGGGGAUGAAAACAAGAAGUGGCUACGGUACUUGGAGAAUGAACUAGGACUCGAAGAAGUUACGACAAAAGAUGGAAGCCCUGAAACUUUAUUAGAUCAAGCUGGAAUUGAAGAACCGUUGGUCACUGAGACUUUUCAGUAUGAGAUACCGGUGAAGCCAGAAGUCAAUCCUGAAGUGGGAUAUUAUCAUUUGUGGCCUUCUUCAUAAGACUAAACUUUACUAUAAAAUUAAAUACCAGUAGAUUUUGUAGAAACAUAUAUGGAAAUUAAUUUUCUCAUGAUCAGAAAUAUACAAUUUUUAGUUGUUGUUA